ACAGUGGGGUUGGGGAGAGUGCAGAUUCAUCCUGUAGAGAUCUCCCCACAGCCUCAGAGAGAGAAAAGGAGGAAUAUUUUAAAAAGAGAGAAAUACAGAAUGGGAAACACAUAUGUUUUAAGGGGAGAGAGAGGAAGGAUGAUUUAUUGUGGAGCAAGCCAUUGACAAGCUGACUGAACAUUCCUGGAGAAAAACAACUCUGAAAAGAUUGUGGGAUAGGAAAAGAGGGACAGAAGGAAAUAGGACAGAUCGAGAGAUGCAUGCAGUCAACCGUACUCAUUCGAUGGUCUCCUUAGUGUGUACAGAGCCAUGCCCAGUACACCUGUCGCCACAAUGUGACAGCGACCGUCUGACCACGGAGACCAUCACCUAGACAGUCCACAACACUUUAGAUUCCUAUGGCACUGUAACCUGGCAACAGCAGAUACCUACAGCGCUGUAACUUGGCAACAACACUGAGUCACCUCAAUCGAAUUGCCACCACUGAAUCGACUCCUCUGAAUCAACUCCUCUCUGCUGUGAGGAUGCUGAGGGUGUCAAUGGUCCUACUGCAGAGGCAGCUGGUCCUGUGUGUGUGGGUGUGUGUGUCCAGUGCACUAGUGGUCCAUUCCCUGCCAUGGAGCGUCUCCUGCCCGGCAGGGUGUGUGUGUCAGAUCAAGCCCUGGUUUUCCCCCCAGUCAUUGUCCUGCGAGGUUCCAACUGUGGACUGUAACAACCUGUUCCUGAUCCAGCUCCCCUCCCCUCUCCCCCUAGACACACACACCCUCUGUCUGCAGAGUAACCUGCUGUCUGCCUUGGAGACACCACUGUUACAGACACUCCCCAACCUCACAGAGCUGGAUCUGUCUCAGAACCGCUUCAGCAGUGUUAGGACACUAACCUCAACCCAGCCCCAGACUCCCUUCCUGCGCUCCCUACUCUCCUUGCACAUGGAGGAGAACCAGCUCCGGUCCCUGCCCCCUGCCGCCUUCUCUUCCCUGCCUGCCCUACAGGAGCUCUUCCUCAGCCACAACCAGCUGGCCUCCCUGGCUCCUAGAGCCUUCUCUGGCUUGGGCUCCCUGCUGCGCCUGCACCUCAACAACAACCACCUGACCUCAAUUGACCCCCUCUGGUUCACCACCCUGCCCUGCCUCCAGGUGCUGAUGCUGGGGGGAAACCCAGUGGAGGUCCUCCCUGAACGGGGCUUCCAGGCGCUGGCAUCUCUACGCAGCCUGGUGCUGGGGGGCAUGGGGCUGAAAGGGUUGCCUGAGAGGGCCCUGGAUGGGCUGGACAGCCUGGAGAGCCUGUCCUUCUAUGACAACCUCCUCACCACUGUCCCCACACAGGCUCUGAGGAGGCUCCCAGGCCUGAAGUUCCUGGACCUGAAUAAGAACCGUCUGAGUCUGGUUCAGACAGGGGACUUCAGGGACCUGGUCCACCUGACAGAGCUGGGUCUGAACAACAUGGAGGAGCUGGUGGCCAUCGAGAGGGCAGCCAUGGAGAACCUGCCUGAGCUCACCAAGCUGGAGAUCACCAACAACCCCCGGCUGUCCUACAUCCACCCCCAGGCCUUCUUCCAGCUGGGCAGGCUCGAGAGCCUGAUGCUGAACUCCAACGCUCUGACUGCUCUGCACCAACACACUGUCCUGUCUCUGCCCAGACUGAGGGAGGUCAGCCUGCACUCCAACCCCCUCCGCUGUGACUGCCUGUUUCGCUGGGUGGCUGAGGAGCACCCUCACACAGAUGCUGACGCACACACAGAUACACAGAUGCCACAGGCUGUGAGGUUUAUCCAGCCCCAGGCCACAUUGUGUUCUGAGCCUCCAGAGCUGAGGGCUCGCAGGGUGAGGGAGGUGUCAAUCACAGAGAUGUCAGCCUCCUGCCUCCCCCUCAUCCCCCCUGGCAUCCUCCCCCCCUACGUGGGGGUGAGAGAGGGGGAGAGGCUGGCCCUGCACUGUCGCGCCCUGGCAGAGCCUCAGCCCACAAUCUACUGGGUCACUCCUUCUGGACAGAGACUGGGAUCAUCCAACAACACCCACAGCCACAAGCCUGCAUCCAGACACUACUCCAAGCCUGCAUCCAGACCCUUCUCCAAGCCCGCAUCCAGACCCUACUCCAAGCCUGGAUCCAGACGCUACUUCAAGCCUCGAUCCAGCCUCAACUCCAAGCCUGCAUCCAGACCCUUCUCCAAGCCUGCAUCCAGACCCUACUCCAAGCCUGGAUCCAGACCCUACUCCAGACCCUACUCCAAGCCUAUCUCCAGCCUCAACUCCAAGCCUGCAUCCAGCCAGACAUCAAACUACUCCUCCUACCAUUCCCACUUACCCAGCCCAGCAUCUGGUAAUGCCUCUGUCCUCUUUUCCAGCCUCACCCCUUCCUCUCCCCCCCUCCUCCCCUCCCCUGCCUACCGGCUGCUGCCAGAGGGAACAUUGGAGAUCAUCAUGGUGACAUCCCGGGAUUCGGGUCUGUACACCUGUGUGGCUGAGAACACACUGGGGGCCGACACUCACAGUGUGACUGUAGGGGUGCAGGGGCCUGGGAAGGGGUUGAGGCAACAGAUGUUGGAGGGUAGAGGAUAGGGGUUAAAGAAGAGGGUUUUGAGGGAAGGGAGGUCACAUGAGGGCAAGGGUCAAGACAGCAAGCAUGAGGAGCAGCACACAUAUGAGUAAAGCCUAGCUAUAUAAAUAAUGAAUGAUAUUAUACACAUAACAACAUAGACACAUACUUGCAGUACAUCGUUUCCAAAGAUAACAUCGCUUCCAGGGAUGAUUUAUAGGAUAGAUAUGGCUACCACUCUUGGCGGGGGUGCGGUUGUAGGUGGUUGUGAAGCCCAAUCCAGGAGGCACAUGUCCUGCCGCAGUUGGGACAUGUUAGGGCUGAAUCUGGAGAUGCUUGUGGGAGUGGUUGGGAGCAUUGGGGCCUGUAAAUAGGACAUAUGACACAGUGGAAGUACAUACGACAGUGUUGUACAGUCAGAUAUGUAUAUAUUUUAUAUAUACAGUACAUUUGGAAAGUAUUAAGACCCCUUGACUUUUUUCACAUUUUGUUAUGUUACAGCCUUGUUCUAAAAUUGAUGAAACGUUUUUUUUCUCUAAUCAAUCUACACACAAUACUCCAUAAUGACAAAACAAAAACAGGUUUUUAGAACGUUUAAAAAAUGUAUUAAAAAAACAACUGAAAUAUGACAUUUACAUAAGUAUUCAGACCCUUUACUCAGUACUUUGUUGAAACACCUACAGCCUCGAGUCUGUAAUCGCUACAAGCUUGGCACACCUGUAUGUGGGGAGUUUCUCCCAUUCUUCUCUGCAGAUUCUCUCAGGCUCUGUCGGGUUGGAUGGGGAGAGUUGCUGCUCAGUUAUUUUCUCUCCAGAGAUAUUCGAUGGGGUUCAAGUCCGGGCUCUGGCUGGGCUAAUCAAGGACAUUCAGAGACUUGUCACGAAGCCACUCUUGCAUUGUCUUGGCUGUCUGCUUAGGGUCGUUGUCCUGUUGGAAGGUGAACCUUCACCCCAAUCUGAGUACAUGAGUGCUCUGGAGCAGGUUUUCAUCAAGGAUCUCUCUGUACUUUGCUCCGUUCAUCUUUCCCUCGAUCCAGACUACUCUCCCAGUCCCUGCUGUUGAAAAACAUCCCGCAGCUUGAUGCUGCCACUAUCAUGCUUCACUGUAGGGAUGGUACAAGGUUUCCUUCAGACAUGAUUCUUGGCAUUCAGGCCAAAGAGUUCAAUCUUGGUUUCAUCAGACCAGAGAAUCUUGUUUCUCAUGGCCUGAGAGUCCUUUAGGUGCCUUUUGGCAAACUCCAAGCAGGCUGUCAUGUGCCUUAUACUGAGGAGUGACUUUGGUCUGGCCACUACUAAGGCCUGAUUGGUGGAGUGCUGCAGAGAUAGUUGUCCUUCUGGAAGUUUAUCCCAUCUCUGCAGAGGAACUCUGGAGCUCUGUCAGAGUGACCAUCGUGUCCCCGAUUGCUCAAUUUGGCCAGGCGGUCAGCUCUAGGAAGAGUCUUGGUGGUUCCAAACUUCUUCAUUUUAAGAAUGAGGCCGCUGUGUUCUUGGGGACAGUCACGUCAACGCUCCAGAUCUGUGCCUUGACACAAUCCUGUCUCAGAGUUCUACGGACAAUUCCUUCAACCUCAUGGCUUGGUUUUUGCUCUGACGUGCACUGUCAACUGUGGGACCUUAUGUAGAAUAUAUUAUCAAAAGUGUCUGUUUUUGUUUUGUCAUUAUGGGGUAUUGUGUAUAGACUGAUGCGGACAUUUUCCACAAAAUGUGGAAAAAGGGAAGGGGUCUGAAUACUUUCCGAGUGCACUGUAUGCAUAGGCCUACACAUUGACAUGGUUUGAGUUUGUAUAAAGAGGACACUCAAACUGUGGUACUUGCCAUAGAGAAAAUAAAUGGACUAUUACAGGAGAGAAGUAUUCUUCACUUACACAAGGGGACAGGCAUUUUCCAAACAGUGUCAUUUUAUUGUAGCCUAUCCCUGCCUUCUUUGAGGUUUUGUAAAUCUAAGUGGUUAAUGUGACCAGCCCUUUCUCACUCCGCCUAUUCCAUCGGCUUCCUGUCACCUUGCGUUAUUCUUCUAUCCUACUGCCUUUACAUAACAAUACCUGGUUUUCCUACCCAGUGUGCCACUUCUCUUUCAAAUAGGAUUGAGAUGUAUUAAAUUCUAUUUUGAGCUAUUAUUUAAAAAAAGUUGGACUGAUUUAUGUUGAUGGUUUGUUUUCCUGUCCAUAUUCACUAAUUCCCUUAUUGCUGGAGGCUGAUGAGAGCAAUAGAUUAUGCACUCUCCAAAAUGGUAACUGUUGACUACAUUGAAUUCACAACUCAAUAUUUCUAACCAUCUUUCUAUGACAACUUAAAUUCAUAUUUUAAUCUAGAACUUUUAUCUUUCUACUGGCCAUGGACUGUAACAGGAAUGGAUCGUUAUACCCUACAUAAUUAGAAUGUUAUGCAGAAGAGCCAGUAUUUUUGUAGAAAAAGCACACUAAAUUAAACAAAGACUCAGAAGAUUAUUACUUCUCAUUGAACACAGACACAAGUUAACAGAAAUGGUGCAAGGAACUGAGCAGUUAGCAUCUCAACCGGUGUUAAACUCAGUUUGGCUUCUUUAUCUGUCUUCCUCAUCUCUGCCUUUCGCAACUUUUACCAAGAAAAUGUCUCUUACUCAAGGCAUUGAUGAAUUCUUUUCAGAUUAUAUUUGGUUUUAGGUUCAGGAAAAUGUAGUUUAAAAGAAUGAACAUUUGGACUUGGUGCUAAAUGUGCCAGAGUUUGUUAUACAUUAUUACAAUUACAGUAUAAUUAAUUAAGUUUAUACCAUGGCGUUGUUGUAUACUCGUUUCUGAUUGACUUGAAUGGCAUUUUAAAACGUGCAUUAUUUCCCUAUAAUCAAACGUUAUAUUUGUACAGUAGAAUUCAAUGGCUGUAGUUCAUUCUUACAUGUUCUAUGUUUAGCUGCUUUUGAAAGCAAACGUCGAAUUGAAAAUAUUACUGGCAUUGCUGAAUUCGACUUUCAUAAUAGCAAGCUAGUACAAAUGGGUUGGUUAGCUAAACUAGCAAGUCUGUUUGUUUACCAAGGCAACUACUGUCGCUAUCGACUAAACUUACUAGCUGCUUCAGUGAAUCUGGAACAUAUUUCUACCGGCAAAUGAACACAUUUAUACUGGUAAAUGUGCUAAA